AUGUCGUCUCACAACACACCAAACAUCUACGCAGAACUCCUCACCAACAUCCGCCAGCUCUCUGUCGCAGUGACCCUCCCCUCACCAGCAGGAGGACAAACAAGAGCGCUCAUCGCCGCAGACGGUUCAACGCUGCACAUCCACCACGCAGGCACAGAAACAUACUUCCCGCUACCCGGAAGAGUCCUCGCCCAAGGAGACGCUCCAACAGCCUUGCCUACACCGCCGCCGUCAGCAUCAUCGCCAUCAGCCUCGCACACGCUAUCAUGGCGUCUCCCGCUAGCAGACUCCCCAGCAGCACCGCGCACCGGCACCAGCCUCGCAGAUGACCCCGUCCCCUGGACGGCGCGGGAUCUCCUCCCCGGCUCGGCCGUCGCGUGCAGACACUGUGCCGCAGUCGUCGUGCCCGGCGGUAAGGCGGGGGAGUGGAAGGACCUGCCGAGCGAGAACUGGGCUGAGAUGAUGGACUUUUGGCACUGUCACAAGCCUAGCACGGAUCACGAGCAUGAGCACGGCGGCGGCGGCGAUGGCGGAAAAGCGGACCACGAGCAUCUGACUAGGCGCGGGUACGGAGCCAACUCGUCCAUUGCCGCGCAGCCUGGCGUCGGCAUGGUGGAUUUGACCUCGUUUCUGUUUUGCGAGGCUGAUUGUGUUGGUCUCAAGUUCUCUCUCCCAUCAUCCGAUGCCGCAACCCCAGCACCCUCCAGCUCAGAAGUCCUAGCUAGAGGAGAAGGCAUCUCUGGUCCUGGCUCUGAUCCCACACCACCCUCCCGGAUGCUCAACAUCGCCUGCUCCGCCUGCGCCUCCCACCUCGGCUUCUUCAACGUAGCCAUCUCCUCUGUCGUCCUGCUGAAAUGGCAAGUGUCAUGCCAGACAAUCACAUCACACCCCGCCGCGGCAGCGGCAGCGGCAGCGGCAGCACAGCCCACCAGCUCAGACUGCCUAGCCGCAACCCUCAUCGCAACCCUCUCCCGCUCAGGCUCCUCCAAAUCAGUCGUCGUUCCCGCCUUCCAAUCCACCCAAAAUCUAGCUUCCUCUAGCGAUGGUGAGGUCGUGCCCGCCCUACACCUCUGGAUCCUCAACAGCAACAUCACCUACGCCUCCUCCUCCUCCUCCUCCUUCUCCUCUGCCUCAUCUCCAUUUUCUGCCCAGCAACGCACAAAACGCGCAGCCAUCAAACUGCUGUACAAAGAGAUCUCCCAAGACGAGGCGGACACCAUGCUCGAGUCCAUGACAUCCGACGUGCAGGAGGUCAACCUCCCCUUACCGGCCAUCGUCGCCGCGGCAGAGGGGUUGAAGCGUAGCAGUGAGGUUCUACCGCCUGGUGAGCGGACGUUCAAGGGGUGGAAUGUAGGGUUAUUGGAUAAAUGGGAGCCAGGCUCCGCAGGAACGGCGAGCCCGUGA